AUGGAAAUUCAAUGUUUCAGAUACACCGAUCCCGAAACAUUAGGGUCUUCAAAGCCUCUCACUUCUUUGAGUUUUUUCUUUCCAUUCAGGGGAGGGAUGGGUUCAGAGAAAGAAAGGGGCGGAGAGGCAAAAAAAGUUACUUCUCCGAAAAAGCACCUUUUUAGGUGCUUUUUCGCUCACAAUUUUUCUUUUCUUACUUUUUGGGUCAUCUCUGACGUUGCUCGGUCAUCUCAUAUACUUAAGGAGGAGUGGAGAAAAAUCGCGAAGAACAAGCUGGUACAAAAUGAACACGUCCAAACAUGUUUACGGUGGUCAUGUUUGCACCUCUCCGGUAGCUCUCCGGUAGCUCUCCGGUUCAUCCCAAAAUCCCAUCUUCUUCCCCUCUUUUGCCUCCCCUGA